GCGUAGGUUAAAGCUGCUAACAGCCUGGGUUGAUACACUACGGUGAUGCUAGGAGUACUGUGCGCGCGACCGAAGCCUUGGAUCCUCAGCUCGCUGUUCGUCCACCAGGGCUGCGUGGCACACUAUCUGGACAGCCGGCUGGUGCAGAGUCCAAUACGUGUUGCUGCCAAUCAGCGCCGCCGCCACCACUGCACUGCCUGUGGUGUUAGCGGCUCCGUUGGUGGCGCGGCAUCAAUAUGGCAUGCAAUUUUGCCAUCAAGCGGAUCGGAAGGAGGUCGGCACGAGCUGUGGAGGAAGAGGGUGGAGAGGAAAGGGGAGGGUUCGUGGAAUGUAGCUUGGGAUGCCAGACCAGCUCGGUGGCUCCACCGCUCCGAUUCUGCUUGGCUUCUAUUCGGAGUCUGCGCUUGCCUCGCGCCAAUGAUUGAAUUAGUUGAUCAGAACACAGAGGCCGCAGUAUCUGGUGAUGAAAAAAUCGAGAAUCGCGGUUGUGAGUCGAAUUGUUCCAAUGAUUUGAGCGUUGUUGAGAAGAAUCCAAGCUCUUCUGCAGAUUACAAGGUUAAAGGAGUGCUACCUGAUGGUCGAUGCCUUUUCAGAGCCAUAUCUCACAGCGCUUGCUUGAGGAAAGGCGAAGAAGUGCCGGAUGAAAACCGUGAGACGGAACUCGCAGAUGAAUUAAGAGCUCAAGUUGUUAAUGAGCUUUCCAUGAGGAGAGAAGAAACUGAAUGGUUCAUUGAAGGUGAUUUUGAUGCCUAUGUCAAGAAAAUUCAACAACCGUAUGUUUGGGGUGGUGAACCUGAAUUGCUGAUGGCCUGUCAUGUUUUGAAGACUACAAUUUCUGUUUACAUGAUACAUGGAACAUCUGGAAAUUUGGUGAACAUAGCAAACUAUGGUGAAGAGUACCAUAAGGACCAAGAGAAUCCCAUUAACUUGCUAUUUCAUGGGUAUGGUCACUACGACAUCUUGGAAUCUUUGCCAAACAGGAGUUGUGAAAAAGUGAAUACCUAGGAUUUACUAUUUAGGGAUGGUAAUAUGAUUUAUUAACAAAUGGUAAUAAUACUAUCAUCAUUUUUUUUUCUUUCCUGUGGAUGAGUUCCAGUCAAACAGGAACCUUUUUGUUAAUUUGUAGUUGAUAGUUUCAUGGCAGCCAAUACAACUCCGGCAAUAAGCCCUUUGAAAUUUUGCAGUUCCCUUUAUUAUUCUUGUGGCAUUUGAAACUCAAAUAUAUACGCCAAAUUGAACAAUCAUUUUUGUUCUUGUUAUAGUUUUUUCUGUAAGAACAGGAAUGUUAUUUUCGCCCUUUGCUCAUUAUCUUUGUAAAUUUGAAAUUUCAUUUUCCUCUUUUCAGCUUUUGUGUUGAAUAUGCUGGAGUUUGUAUGUAUUUUCUUUCGUUCUAAAUAGAAAGAAUUAGUCUUU